AUGCGUCGAAAGAUAGAGUAUUCUGUGGAGGACUUCAUUUAUCGCAAGGUCUCACCAUGGAAUAAAGUACUGAGGUUUAGUCACAAAGGCAAGCUGAGCCCUAGGUUUAUUAGGUCUUACCGUAUUCUGAAACGAGUGGGGCCAAUCGCAUAUCUGUUGGAACUACCUCUAGAGUUGGAUCGCAUUCAUGAUGUUUUUCAAGUUUCGAUGUUGAUAUGCUACCACUCUGAUCCCACGCAUAUUAUUUCGGUGGAGGACAUUGAGGUUAGACCAGAUCUGACGUUUGAGGAUGAGCUAGUACAGAUUCUAAAUCACGACAUUAAAGUUCUACAAUGGAAGUCUAUCCCCUUAAUAAAAGUGUUGUGGCGGAAUCAUAGCACUGAGGAGGGCACUUGGGAGCUGGAGGACUUGAUGCGUCAGCAGUAUUCUCACCUUUUCUGA